CUUUUCAAAUAGCAGAACUCCCUUUUCAAAUGGCAGAACUCCCUUUUCAAAUAGCAGAACUCCCUUUUCAAAUAGCAGAACUCCCUUUUCAAAUAGCAGAACUCCCUUUUCAAAUAGCAGAACUCCGUUUUGUUGCGAACACAUCUCGUUGACAAGUUGUGAGAUUUUUACAUGUGUGCAGUACACUUCAUCUCCAAAGAUAACAAUGCGAGGUUUAUAAAUUUUAAUGAUUGAACUGUGUUUUAGGUGUGAAGGGCACGGCAACAUCAUCCAAUAACACAAUUGAGGUCGAACGUUGUCUUGGCAUCGAAGCCGCCAGGUACGUCAUGUUGCAAAGACAAGGUUUGCGACUGCAAAUUUGCAAUUUCUGGAAAUUUUCUUGUCCUUUCUAGAGUGACCAUUAUUAACGAAAUUGUGUACACGAUGACGAAUCAUGGAAUGAGUAUUGAUGCACGCCAUGUCAUGUUGCUGGCGGAUUUAAUGUCGUUUAAGGUAUGUUUCUUGCCAAUGAAAAAUCUGAAAUAAUUGUGUAGAAACUAUAGCGAUGUUAAUGCUUUGUUUGUCUAGGGCGAGAUUCUUGGAAUCACAAGAUUUGGUCUGGCAAAAAUGAAAGAAAGUGUUCUCAUGUUGGCUUCGGUAAGUACUAUGUUUCAUUUACAGCUUAUUUAUAUACAAACAAUCCUCUUUGAAAUAGCAAUAUGUAGCAGUAUCCUUUUGAAAGCCUGGUAGUGGCUUUAUCUAAACGAAGUGUUUCAUCUUUUAGUUUGAGAAGACAGCUGACCAUUUGUUUGAUGCCUCGUUCCACGGACGAAAAGAUUCCAUCGAUGGUAUUUCGAUCAUAUUUCAUUAUUACUAUUAAAUGUACGUUUCAAUUAUGUUGUUGUUAAAUUGUUCAUAAACUCUUUCUCUGUUUCCAGGAGUGAGUGAAUGCAUUAUUAUGGGAAUUCCUAUGGCAAUUGGAACUGGAAUGUUCUCCCUUUUAAAUAAAUAUCCUUUUAUAUAACAUAAAUAUCCUUUUAAAUAACAUUCAGCACAAAAACCUAACCGGCUUUUAAAAAUGGAAACUAAACAAUUGAUGCUUCUGCUGCACACGCAAAAAUCUUGUAGCAAAUCUGCCAAUAAGCCCAUAAAAAAAAUUUCGCAAAAUAUAAUUGUUAAAAGUUGAAAAUUUUCAACUUCAAAAUUCUUUUCCGACGGAAAAUUUGUGUCGACCAAUCACAUUUUACAAAUUUUUAUUUCCGCGGAAAAUUUUGUGUUCGUACUGCUUAUCCCAAGUUGUCAACAUGUUUGGAACAAGCUGUUCACGACUGUAACAAGCUUGAUGGCAUUAUCAGACAUUUUGCAAUUAAGGUUGUUCCAACAAGUCUGAUACAGUCAUGAUAUAACAAUAUUGUUAUAACCUUGUGUCGUCAACUUUGUAACAACUUAUCAAAUUUUUCCUUAACUGUAUUCUACGUCAAAUAUUGAUUCUGCACCACCUCAACGACCUUUAUUGUUUGAUAAUCCUGAAUUCCAUAUCCCUGGAGUUGAACCUACGUGACACUGAACACGUGACACUAAUCAAGUGACCCCAGAGGUAUGUCUAUACAGUCAGUACAGUAAUCUCAGUGUGUUACCGGAUUAAUGUGUUUGGUACUCCAACUGACGUCUUACUAAACUAAACUAACUUUAUUUAUACUGGAUAGCUCUAUCAGUUCUAAACUGUUCUCCCUAGAGAUCCAGUAAGGAUCAACCCUUAUUGAUUCAGUGUUACUUACAGGAGGAAAUCUAAACUAAACUAACUUUAUUUAUACUCGAUAGCUCUAUCAGUUCUAAACUGUUCUUCCUAGAGUUCCAGUAAGGAUCAACCCUUAUUGAUUCAGUGUUACUUACAGGAGGAAAUCUAAACUAAACUAACUUUAUUUAUACUGGAUAGCUCUAUCAGUUCUAAACUGUUCUUCCGAGAGUUCCAGUAAGGAUCAUCCCUUAUUGAUUCAGUGUUACUUACAGGAGGAAGCGUAAACUAAACUAACUUUAUUUAUAUACUGGAUAGCUCUAUCAGUUAUAUAAACAAUCUAAACUGUUCUCCUUAGAGGUCCAGUAAGAAUCAUCUCUUAUUGAUCCAAUAUUACUACAGGAGGAAGCUUAUAAAGUAAACUAACUUUAUUGGUACUGGAUAGCUCUAUCAGUUCUAAAUUGUUCUUCCUAGGGGUAUAACAAUCCAUUUUGCUUGUUGUUAGUUUCAAGCCCGCUGUAGUGAUAACUCAAUAUGUGCAUGUUAUCUCAAUUGCAUAUCACAUCGACGUGUGCCGCGUGUCAUCAAAGUAUCGAAAAACAAUCAAACUUUUAUUAAAACGUUAACGAUAAAAUCCUUGUUAUCCUAUUGACAUUGGCGCGUGCCACGGUGUUUGCACAUCACACGUGUAUAACAGGAUAUCUUCAUCAAAUCGCGCUGAGACACUUUGCUAAUGAACACGAAAUUGUACCUGAUUGCUUCUCUACAGACAUCCGCUUACAGAUUGUAUCUUGAGGUGCUUUGAAUUUAUUGCAACAGAUAAACUAAACUAACUUUAGUUAUACUGGAUAGCUCUAUCAGUUCAAAACUGUUCAUCCUAGAGGUCCAGUAAGGAUCAUCUCUUAUUGAUCCAGUUUUACUACAGGAGGAAACCUGAACUAAACUAAUUAUAGUGGAUAGCUCUAUCAGUUUUAAACUGUUCUCCCUAAAGGUCCAGUAAGGGUCAUCUGUUAUUGAUUCAGUGUUACUACAGGAGGAAACCUAAACUAAACUAACUUUAUACUGGAUAGCUCUAUCAGUUCAAAACUAUUCUUCCUAGAGGUCCAAUGAGGAUCAUCUCUUAUUGAUCCCGUGUUACUACAGGAGGAAACCUAAACUAAACUAACUUUAUACUGGAUAGUUCUAUCAGUUCUAAACUGUUCUCCCUAGAGGUCCAGUAAGGGUCAUCUGUUAUUGAUCCAGUGUUGCUACAGAACGAAACCUAAACUAAACUAACUUUAUUUGUGGUGAAUAGCUCUAUCAGGUCUAAGUUGUACUCGAUCUAAAGUUUCAGUUAAGGUCAGUUAAGGCCACUGCAGAUAUACCGGGCCAUAUUCAAGUUAUCUUUUGAAAAGUUGAAAACUAAGGUUGUUUUAAUUAAACAAGAGUGUUUGCAAGGAAAAUCUUAUUACGCUUCCUACACAAACAAAAAAAGCAAAUAAAAAACUCAUUAGAACAUUAUCAAAGAAGGCUUCAUUGUAUAGAUUCCGAGGCUGGCUUGCGAACACGUGGUUUAUUGAAUUUAGCUUUCGUUGGGAGGGAUGAAACUACUCUGAAAAUACAAAGCGAAUUUCGACGUUUCGAGCGAAGGCCCUUCGAAUUUCACUUUGUAUGGUAGUUGUACCCCUACCAACGAAAGCUUAUACAAUUUUAAAUCCUGUUUGCUAUAGACUCCUUCUCUACGAAAGAAAUCCUUCAAUGAUUGAAAUUAAAUCACAAUAAUGAGUAUUUAGAAGAGAUCUUUUUCUAAACUGAAUUUUAUGGCUUGGUAGAACUGAUUAAGCUAUCCAGUAUAAAUAAAGUUAGUUUAGGUUUCCUCCUGUAGUAACACUGGAUCAAUAAGAGAUUAUUCUUAUUGAACCUCUAGGGAGAAGGUUUAAAACUGUUAGAGCUAUAUAUCCAGAAUAAAUGAAGUUAGUUUAGGUUUCCUCCUAUAGUAACACUGGAUCAAUAAGAGGUGACUCUCACUAGACCUCUAGGGAGAACAGUUUAGAACUGAUAGAGCUAUCCAGUAUAAAAAAAGUUUAGUCUAGGUUUCCUCCUGUAGUAACACUGGAUCAAUAUGGAAUGAUCCUUUCUGGAUCUCUAGGAAGAACAGUUUAGAACUGAUAGAGGUAUCCAGUAUAAAUAAAGUUAGUUUAGUUUAGGUUUCCUCCUGUAGUAACACUGCAUCAAUAAAGGGUGAUCUUUACUGGACCUCUACGGAGAACAGUUUGGGACUGAUAGAGCCAGAAUUAAAGUAAGUUUGUGAAAAAACGGCGGCUUCGUCGCGGUAAAAUAACGAUAAACAAUCAUAAAGACAACAGACGCUAUAAAUUAAAAUUUUUUUUCAAAAGAUAGCUUUAGGCUACGAGUUGGCGCGUGUCGUUUUUUUGUUUGUAGCGAUUAUUUGCGAUAGUGCUAACAAUGAUUUAGAUCCUACGAUUAUUCCGGCACACAAGGGUUGUAGUAAUGACCCACUUAACGGCGUCACCAUUUCUAUUGAGGCGCAAUUAUUACAAAAUAUCGUAGCUGACAAAAUACAGGCAACGUGGUUUUGUGAACAUUAGUAAUGAAUAGGGGUGUUAUGUGUUAAUCCAGGACAGUAAUUAAAAACGCAUUAACUUUAAAAGUGCGAACAUGUUAUUAUAGUUCAUGAUUGGUUAGCUUUCGAGAGAAGCUGCAUGGUACUCCUUCAUCAACCGAGAUAACUAAGCUCGAUCAGUUUUGAACUGUUCUUCCUACCUGUAGAGGUCCAGUAAGGAUCAUCUCUUAUUGAUCCAGUGUUACUACAGGAGGAAACCUAAACUAAACUAACUAUAUGUGUACCUAUAUCAGCAUCAGAUCACUGCAAUAUGAAGUUGACUGAUCGUAUUUUUGUCUCAUUCUCAUCACGCGCAUGUGCGAACAGUGCUUUAUUGAACCUGUAUUCUUUAAAGAGAACAGAGCUAUUCUGUCUAUCCACUCCAGUACAAAUAAAGUUCAUUUAGUUUUAGGUUUCCUCCUGUGGUAUUGCCACACUGGAUCUCUAGGAAGAACAGUUUAGAACUGAUAGAACUAUCCUGUAUAAAUAAAGUUAGUUAAGUUGAGGUUUCCUCCUGUAGUAACACUGGAUCAAUGAGAGAUGAUCCUUACUGGACCUCUACGGAGAACAGUUUAGAACUGAUGGAGCUAUACAGUGUAAAUAAAAUUAGUUUAGUUUAGGUUUCCUCCUGUAAUAACACUGGAUGAACAAGAGGUGAUCCUUACUAGAGCUAUACAGUAUAAAUAAAGUACGUUUAGACAGUUUACUAUCUAUUCUGAAGUGGCUUAAGUCACUUCCGCAAUUCCUUAUCAUCUUUUUUUUAUUUAUAACAUUCUUGUUUCGUCGGAAUAGUACACCUAUAAGCAUGUUAUAUUUUUAGCGUAAUCUCCUCAUCAAGUAUUUCAGUCCAGGUGGCCGUUGCUAUAGGCAACAGUUACGUCAUCAAGUCAAAGGUUGACGGCAUUGAUCCUUAUCAAUGAAAGUUGUCUUCGAGUUAUUAAAAAACAAAUUAAAAUAUCGUUACCUAAUCAUUUAAAUGUUCACAACAUUCCGGCUUUUUAAGGAAAUAUUUAGAUUUUAGAGACACAAAAUCGUUCCUCUUUGAUUGUAAUAUUGAAUGGUGCCGCAGUAUAUAUACUCAGCCAUUUUUGUACAGAAAUUAUUACGAACAAAAAUGAAAUCCUUGAGCUCUAUGACUAUCCAGAAUAAAUAAAGUUGGUUUAUAGUUAGUUUUACUCCUGUUGUAACACACAACAAUGACGAUUUUUUUUCUAUCGUCUAGUGAGUUUUAUAUGUCUGGAGCAAUUAUAGAACUUCAGUCAUUUACCCAUUGAGUGACAGCUCUCUCCCCUUGACGAGUAAAAUCGUCUGGCGUUAGACAGAGUAACUAAUAGAGGGUUUAAGCUUUGUGUUAUACGUCAAACGGCAAACGCCAGGCAAAGAAAAAAUUUUCGAUAUCAGGCAAUAAAGAGUGAAUAAACUUGCUGUUUUAAAACUGAAAUGCAUAAUUAUUCUGUCGACGCAAGAAAGAAAAUAUGAAAGGAAAACGUUCAACGAAUAUUUUGCCAAGAAAGUUCGAACCUGCUGUUCGCGGAAACGUGAAGCUUAACCUCCCUAAUAAAGUAGGGCACAACGCCGGUGAAUGGAUGUAAAAUAAGUUCCGUUUGGUAUUUUCUUUAGCGUGUCUUUGUGUGAAAUCUUCAUCUCGUGCGAAUAUAACCAAGAGGAGAUACCUGUGUACUGGAGACGAAUGUCAGUAAGAACAGUAAGAUACUAUAUUACUGUAAUGGCUAAUCGUGCAGCAUUCUGUCAGGCCGAAGUAAAAAGUAUGAUCAGCUAGCAUCCUCGGCCGACCAUAGAAAAUGUUCCAACCAUAUUUUCAUGCCUCUUCUUUUGAACUGAUUCAAAUGUGCCAAAUAUAAGCAUAAUAUCGCAAGCUUGACGAGCCGUGAACCGUUGCUUCUCUUAGAAUUGUUGUAGUUUAUUUUCGAUGAAAUCAAAUAGAGAUCAGAAUGCCAGUGGCUUGGAGAGAUAUGGGUAUGUUCCCUUGCCGUUUUUCUGAAGGUACAUAAGAAUAAAAAAUAAAAACGCCUCCACCCCUACAAUAAAAUUUUUGUGAGAAAAGGAUGCUAUAAACCAACUAUUUUUUUACUUAAGCGGUACAUCUGGGAAUUGUUGUCAUUCCCAACCGUUAUCCUCGCCAAACAUUUUUCAACAUCGGGUUGUGUUAAUUCUGCUUUGAAACUUGUGCAGUUGUCAGAAUAUAUCAGUGGCUGUUGUGUUGUCAACUAUAUGUGUUAGUUUUGUACAUUUCUGUCUCACACGUAGAAACCCACAAGUUGUAACAAACCUGCAGCAGACUUGUAGCAAUGCUGUUCUAACAACUUGUCAACAGGAUGUGUUCGCACUGCUUGUUCCCAGCUUGUCGACAAGUUACCAUGCAACGGCUUGUUGACAACUUGCUACAAGGUUGUUGAGCUCAAUAGACUUGUUACAAGUUGUUCCAACAACUUGUUAUCGUCCUGCAAUUCAACAAUUUGUCAACAAGUUCUGAGUGACAACCUUGUAGCAACUUGAUAAACGGACAAAGUAGUAACAAUUUUGUCUUCAUAAACACAUAGACAAACACACAAUAUACAAAUGCGGAUGAAAAUAACGAUUAUUAACAAUUGUUACAUGAUAUACUACGCGAAUUUUAUGCAAAUAUAUUGAGCAUAAUGUAGCAAUUUACCGCAACCAUGCUGCAUAAAUGCUUAAUGAAUAAUGGCUGAAAGAUUUUGUGUGAACCCUUUUGAAAUGAAGUCCUUUUGUCUCUUUUCACCGUGUACAAAGAGAAAUGUCCCGCCGUGAUUUUUUUAUGUACCCACAAGGAAAGUGUAUCAAUUAUUUAAAUGUUUUUGUCUGUCAACAAUAGCGAAGCAUUCAGUAUUGAACUGAGAUUUUAAAACUUCGUUAAAUAAACGUGACGAUUCGUGGGAGAUUCGUGUAAUUUUGUAAACAUAAAAAUAAUGCAUUAUUAAAAAUGAAUUUAAUUUUAGUUCAUGCUGAGAGAAAAUUGUGUACUGCAUGCAUACUUAUUUUUACUUUACUUUACUUUCAAUACUUGCUUUACCUUGUCUUGCUUUGCUUUGCUUUGCCUUGCUUUGCUUCGUUUUGCUUUGCUUUGCCUAAUUGCUUUGCCUUGCCUAAUUGCUUUGCCUUGCUCAUAGUUAAUAUAAUGCCUUGCUCUGCUUUGCUUUGCUUUGCUUUGCUUUGCUUUCCUUUGCUUUGUUUUGCUCUGCUUUAGUUUACCUUGCUUCGCCUUGCUUUAACUUGUCUUGCUUUUAAGUUUUAUGCUUUACUCUUUAUAUUACUUUAUAUUUUGUACUUUGUACUUUAUACUUUGUUUUACUUGAGUAUGCAUGGUAUGCCGCUUGAAUAAACAAUUUGAAAUAUUGAAUUUUUCAUAACUUAUAUUCUUUAAAUAGCUUUCCUGUCCCAAUACACUCAGUAUUCUCAAUCCAUCAGUAAACAUUGCAAUAGUAUCAAACUAUUCACCAAAUGAUUCGAGCUAAAGCUUCUAAUCAACUCCUCCGACAACAAUAAUUCAAAUUACAUCUGUAUAUGUCUGCGGGCUGUUCUACAAACUUGUUGUAUGUCUGAUGAUGACUAAAUCGGUGAAUGCCUUUGUCGUCUCAGCAUUUGAUUAAUAUUGUCAUUGACACAUAAACGUUAUCAUGAUGAAAUAUAUUGAUGGUUCACU